AUGACCCAGGGCAUCACUUUGUUCAUUGACGACCAAGACCCUCAAAUUCAAUAUUUAUGCCCUUCUAUCCACCAACGUGUUUCGGGAUCCUAUUAUAAUAACACCUGGUCGAGUGUACAGGAUGAAUCAUGCGCCAAAGGCUGGUUCCAGUACACAUUCUAUGGAACUGGAGUCCACGUUGCUACUGCCAUCGCCACAGCUGAUGCAAGCUAUUCUGUAAAGAUCGAUGACGGCGAAUUUAUUCCUCAAUCGGGUACCGGGUCUUAUGACUCGCCCACCUUGCGUGAUGGAAAACAUACCGUUACCUAUGCUAUUGGCACAAGCACGUCGCCCCCAGCCUUCGAUUAUCUGACAGUUGCAGCAGGAAAAUCGACAACACUCAAGGAUCACACUCUUGCUGUAGAUGAUGCAGAUAGCUCUAUUUUCUAUUCUGGAAGCUGGUCAAAUGCACCUCAUACCCCAGCUGGCACGGAUUCUUCCCUUUCCUUAUAUCGAGAUACCGUUCAUUGGACUUCCACUGUUGGCGAUUCUCUCCAACUUCAGUUUGAAGGCUCUUCUGUAUCUGUGUUCGGAAUUGCGUCGAACAUCUCUUCGGGAGGAAACAUCACGGCCACCUACACCAUCGACGGCGUAACAAAAGCAGCAGCGCUUCCUCGGGGAACGCUCGAUACUGUUCCCAUGAUUAAUUUAUUCCACGCUGAUGUCCAGCCGGGAAUUCAUACACUUAUUAUCAAUAUCACCGACAUUCAAGCGCCUGCAGCCUUGGGCAUCGAUCUCAUCACAUACAAUGCAUCAUUUAAUAGCAUUGCUUCUGUCCCGGCCAAUGCCUCACCCUCUUUCUCCACGCACUCUGACAAAUCUCUUAAUGCGCGGGCUAAAGUUGGCAUUGCAAUUGGCACGAUCGUGGGCGUCGUGGCGGUGGCUUCUGUUGCGUAUGUCCUCGGAAGACGAUUCCUUCGGAGAAGAAACCCUAAGUUUCCAUUAUCUGACACUCGUUAG